UUUUUUUGUCCUUUUUGUUUGUUUUUACAAAAUGGAAUGGGAGAUGAACAUGGGAAGUUCGAAUUAAAUGCUUAGAUGGUGAAGCUAAAGGGUGAAGAUUAUCGCCCGUGUCCUACCAUUUUCCCCAAUUCAUCAAUUCUCAUGGCCGAGACUCGAUGGCAUUGUUACCAACGUCCACUCUCCCUCUAAUCUCUCUCUUAAAAAUCAUCGACCCAUUUGAAGAAACAAAUCAACCGUUUCAGAAAAGCCAUCAAAACCUUUACGUUUCUAGCGAGAGAGAGAGAGAGGUGUGAUUGUUGAAUUUUAUUAUUUUCCCUUUUCGAAACGUUGCGAGAGUGACCCAAUUCCGUUUUCCCUUCUCUCAGGAAUCUGCUUCCCUUUUUCUUCACUCAAACGCGCGAAGCUCAGUGACCCACCUUUUGUUUCUGCUUCUCCUUCUUCCAGUUCAAGUUUUCUGUUGGGGUCGAGAAUUCCGCGAAAAUGGGGUUGAUUUCUGGGAUCUUUAUGGGGGUUAUCUUUGGGAUUGCAUUGAUGGCCGGGUGGCAGCACAUGAUGAGGCACAGAAGCACCAAAAGAGUUGCGAAGGCUGCUGAUAUGAAAAUUCUGGGUUCUCUCAGUAGAGAUGACUUGAAGAAAUUAUGUGGGGAUAAUUUUCCUGAAUGGAUCUCCUUCCCUGUUUAUGAGCAGGUGAAAUGGCUUAACAAGUUACUGAGCAAAAUGUGGCCGUUUGUUGCAGAUGCAGCAGAAUUGGUCAUAAAGGAAUCUGUUGAACCUCUGCUGGAAGAGUAUAGACCCACAGGAAUUACUUCAUUAAAGUUCAGCAAAUUAUCUCUAGGCUCAGUGGCUCCUAAAAUUGAAGGUAUACGUGUUCAGAGUCUAAAGAAAGGCCAGAUCACGAUGGAUAUUGAUUUUCGAUGGGGUGGAGACCCAAGCAUCAUUUUAGCUGUUGAAGCCGCUCUUGUUGCUUCAAUACCUAUUCAGCUGAAGGAUCUUCAAGUUUUUACCGUCAUUCGGGUUAUUUUUCAACUAGCUGAAGAGAUACCUUGUAUUUCUGCUGUUGUUGUUGCCUUGCUUGCUGAGCCGGAGCCAAAAAUUUUAUAUAAUCUCAAGGCUGUUGGUGGAAGCCUAACUGCUAUUCCUGGAAUUUCUGAUAUGAUUGAUGAUACCGUGAAUACAAUUGUUACUGAUACGCUCAAAUGGCCCCAUAGGAUUGUCGUUCAAAUUGGUGGCAUACCUGUUGAUUUAAGUGAGUUAGAGCUUAAACCACAAGGAAAGCUUACUGUGACUGUGGUGAAAGCUAACAACUUGAAGAACAUGGAAAUGAUAGGAAAAUCCGAUCCUUAUGUUACUGCACAUGUUCGCCCACUAUAUAAACUAAAAACAAAAACGGUUGAAAACAAUCUAAACCCUGUUUGGAACGAGGACCUUGACUUUAUUGUAGAGGACAAGGAGACACAGUCUGUUAUCCUCGAGGUUUUUGAUAAGGACAUUGGUCAAGAUAAGCAACUGGGGAUAGCGAAAUUACCUCUGAUUGACCUUCAAGGAGAGGUGAGUAAGGAGGUUGAGUUGCGAUUGCUUGCAUCACUCAACACGCUGAAAGUGAAAGACAAGAAAGAUCGAGGAACUCUUACGAUUAAGGUUCAUUACCAUGAGUUUAACAAGGAGGAGCAGUUGAAAGCUUUGGAAGAAGAGAAGAGGAUCCUUGAAGAGAGAAAGAAACUGAAGGAGGAGGGAGUUUUAGGUAGCACGAUGGAUGCGCUGGAGGGAGCAGCAUCUUUUGUUGGGUCUGGUGUGGGCAUGGUUGGCACCGGAGUUGGUAUGGUGGGUAGUGGCAUUGGCACUGGUGUUGGCAUUGUUGGAAGCGGGCUUGGUGCUGUUGGCAGUGGUCUCUCAAAAGCUGGAAGGUUUAUGGGGCGGACCAUCACCGGGCAAUCUAGUCACUCUAGAAGGAGCAGUUCUUCAUCAACCCCAGUAAACAGUGUCCAGGAAAACGGUGGAGCCAAGCCAUUGUAGUUAUGUUCGUUGGUGCGCCGGCGCGUGUGGCAGCUAGGAAUUGUGAAAUAUCAUCUGGGUUUGUAUCGUUUAAAAUUCUUUUGUCAACUUUUUUCGUUCUUCAACUUGUAGCGAUUUCAUGUUGUUUUAUGUAUUGGAAUUGGGAAAGUUUGCAUAAAUCUUGUAAAGUUCUUCCCUACAACGUGAAUUUGUUGCAGAAGAAUAACUUGUGAAAAAUUGGUUUGUAUGCAUAUCUUUUCUCGAUCACGUAUCGAAUAAAUGUAAUCUAUUACUAUGACGACUA